AUGGCAGGCGCCAACCAACUGGCGCCAGAGGCGGAGCCCGCCCCCGUGCCAGAGUACAAGUCAUUCAGGGAGACGUUGCGGGUCUCGCCCGCCUUUGCUCGCUUGGAACGCCUGUUCCAGGACAGGAUCGCGUACAUAGAUGGCGCAAUGGGCACCUGCAUUCAGAGGUACCGGCUGCAGGAGGCGGAUUUUCGAGGGGAACGGUACAAGAACCAUGGACAUGAGCUGCAGGGCAACAAUGACGUUCUUGUGAUAACCAGGCCAGAUGUGAUAGCGGAGAUCCACAAGGGGUACCUGGAGGCGGGGGCGGACAUUAUCGAGACCAACACGUUCAAUGGGACGUCCAUUUCUCAAGGGGAUUAUGGCCUGGACACAAAGGAGGAAGUUCUCUUCAUCAACAAAACGGCCGCGAAGCUGGCCAAGUCGUGCAGCGAGGAGUACAUGAAGGCCCAUCCUGGAAGUGAGAAAUUCGUUGCUGGGGCAUUGGGCCCCACGAACAAGACAUUGAGCGUAUCUCCUUCUGUAGAGAAUCCUGCCUACAGAAACAUCACAUACGACGAGGUCGUGGACUCAUAUUACGACCAAAUUGAAGGGCUGUACGACGGGGGAGUUGACUUGUUUCUUGUUGAGACGAUUUUUGACACAUUGAACUCCAAGGCUGCCAUUUUUGCCCUGGAGAAAUUCUUUGAAGACAAGGGAGUGAGGCUGCCAGUGAUGAUAAGCGGCACCAUCGUGGACCAGUCCGGGCGGACUCUGAGUGGUCAGACAAAUGAGGCCUUCUGGUGCAGCAUCAACCAUGCCAAGCCCUUUGCAGUGGGUCUGAACUGUGCCCUUGGCGCAGCGGAUAUGCUACCAUACGUGACCAAUCUCAGUGCAUGCGCAGACUGUUAUGUGUUCUGUUACCCCAAUGCUGGGCUUCCCAAUGCCAUGGGGGGUUAUGACCAGAAGCCAGAGGAGAUGGCAGAGGAGCUACGUCCCUUCUGUGAGCAGGGCAUUGUGAAUGCACUGGGGGGCUGCUGCGGAACCACACCACCGCACAUUGCGGCCAUCAAGAGCAUGGCAGAGAAGUACGCACGCAGGGAAAAACACAUUGUUGAUCCCAUUCUGCGUCUGAGUGGCAUGGAGCCUCUGAACUACAAGCCCGAUGAGCAAAACAUGCGUAAAACGUUUCUGAAUAUUGGGGAGAGGUGCAACGUGGCUGGGUCCAUGGCAUUUAAGAAGGCCAUCGUGGCUGGAGAGUAUGAGAAGGCCCAGGCCAUAGGUCUGAAACAGGUGGAGCAGGGAGCCGACUUGCUGGAUGUCAAUGUAGAUGACGGGCUCAUUGAUGGCGUUCCCGCGAUGACCAAGUUUGUGAACCUGUUGGUUUCAGACCCAGAGACCUGCAGAGGAGAGGAGAAGUUCAGGGAGCAGGCGAAGUUGGUGAAACGACAUGGUGCAGCUGUGGUGGUGAUGGCCUUUGAUGAGCAGGGGCAGGCAGCCACGUAUGAGGACAAGGUUCGGAUCUGUUGUAGGGCAUACAAGAUGUUGGUGGAGGAGGUGGGGUUCGACCCCCAGGAUGUGAUAUUCGACCCCAACAUCCUCACUGUUGGGACGGGCCUGCCUGAGCACAACAACUAUGCAGUGGACUUCAUUCGGGCCACAAGGGAGAUCAAGAGGUUGUGCCCAGGAUGCAAAAUCAGCGGUGGCGUUUCCAACGUGGCUUUCUCGUUCCGGGGAAACGAACCUGUGCGCCGUGCGUUCCAUAGUGCGUUCCUCCAUCAUGCCUGCAAUGCUGGUAUGGACAUGGGCAUCGUCAACGCUGUGCAGGUCAAGGCCGAUGUGUAUGAAAAGAUUGACAGGGAGCUGCUGGAGUACGUGGAGGAUGUCCUGUUGAACAGACGCGAGGACUCCACAGACAGGCUUCUCACGUAUGCAGCUACUCUGGAUCCCAAAAGCAGACCCACGGCAGUGAAGAAACUUAAGGAAUCUGCGGGGCCAGCCAUACCUCCUCGGGAGAAUCCCAUACCCAGGGGCCUGGACCCACUCGCCCCGGGCAGGGACCUUCCUCCAGUUCCUGCAUAUUUAACCCAUCAGGAUGCCGUCCCCAAGACCAAGACUUUCGAUUUGUUAGACCGACUGUUCCAAGAGCGCAUUGCAUACAUCGAUGGUGCGAUGGGGACUUGCAUUCAGAGGUACCGGCUGCAGGAGGCAGACUUUCAAGGAGAGCGGUACAAGAACCAUGGACAUGAGCUGCAGGGCAACAAUGACGUUUUGGUGAUAACCAGGCCAGAUGUGAUAGCAGAGAUCCACAAAGGCUACUUGGAGUCUGGGGCAGACAUCAUCGAGACCAACACAUUCAAUGGGACGUCCAUCUCUCAGGGCGAUUAUGGGCUUGACGCAAAGGAGGAGGUCCACUUCAUUAACAGAACGGCUGCAAAGUUGGCCAAGUCAUGCACUGAGGAGUACAUGAGGACUCAUCCGGGCAGUCAGAAGUUUGUUGCAGGUGCUCUUGGUCCAACAAACAAGACACUGAGUGUAUCUCCUUCUGUGGAGAACCCUGCCUACAGAAACAUCACAUAUGACGAGAUUGUGGAUUCCUACUAUGACCAAAUCGAGGGUCUCUAUGAUGGAGGUGUCGAUUUGUUUCUUGUUGAGACGAUUUUUGACACAUUGAACUCCAAGGCUGCCAUUUUUGCCCUGGAGAAAUUCUUUGAAGACAAGGGAGUGAGGCUGCCAGUGAUGAUAAGUGGCACCAUCGUGGACCAGUCCGGGCGGACUCUGAGUGGUCAGACAAAUGAGGCCUUCUGGUGCAGCAUCAACCAUGCCAAGCCCUUUGCAGUGGGUCUGAACUGUGCCCUUGGCGCAGCGGAUAUGCUACCAUACGUGACCAAUCUCAGUGCAUGCGCAGACUGUUAUGUGUUCUGUUACCCCAAUGCUGGGCUUCCCAAUGCCAUGGGGGGUUAUGACCAGAAGCCAGAGGAGAUGGCAGAGGAGCUACGUCCCUUCUGUGAGCAGGGCAUUGUGAAUGCACUGGGGGGCUGCUGUGGAACCACACCGCCGCACAUUGCGGCCAUCAAGAGCAUGGCAGAGAAGUACGCACGAAAGGAAAAACACAUUGUUGAUCCCAUUCUGCGUCUGAGUGGCAUGGAGCCUCUGAACUACAAGCCCGAUGAGCAAAACAUGCGUAAGACAUUUCUGAAUAUUGGCGAGAGGUGCAACGUGGCUGGGUCCAUGGCAUUUAAGAAGGCCAUCGUGGCUGGAGAGUAUGAGAAGGCCCAGGCCAUAGGUCUGAAACAGGUGGAGCAGGGAGCCGACCUGCUGGAUGUCAAUGUAGAUGACGGGCUCAUUGAUGGCGUUCCCGCGAUGACCAAGUUUGUGAACUUGUUGGUUUCAGACCCAGAGACCUGCAGAGUACCCUUUAUGAUAGAUUCCUCCAAAUUUUUCAUCGUGGAAGCCGGUCUCAAGUGCAGCCAGGGCAAGUGCAUCGUAAACUCCAUCUCCCUGAAAGAGGGAGAGGAGAAGUUCAGGGAGCAGGCGAAGUUGGUGAAACGACAUGGCGCAGCCGUGGUGGUGAUGGCCUUUGAUGAGCAGGGGCAGGCGGCCACGUAUGAGGACAAGGUUCGGAUCUGUUGUAGGGCAUACAAGAUGUUGGUGGAGGAGGUGGGGUUCGACCCCCAGGAUGUGAUAUUCGACCCCAACAUCCUCACUGUUGGGACGGGCCUGCCUGAGCACAACAACUAUGCAGUGGACUUCAUUCGGGCCACAAGGGAGAUCAAGAGGUUGUGCCCAGGAUGCAAAAUCAGCGGUGGCGUUUCCAACGUGGCUUUCUCGUUUCGGGGAAACGAACCUGUGCGCCGUGCGUUCCAUAGUGCGUUUCUCCAUCAUGCCUGCAAUGCUGGUAUGGACAUGGGCAUCGUCAACGCUGCGCAGGUCAAGGCCGAUGUGUAUGAAAAGAUUGACAAGGAGCUGCUGGAGUUCGUGGAGGACGUUCUGUUGAACAGGUGUGAAAAUGCUACAGAGAGGUUGCUGGUCUAUGCUGCCACUCUGGACCCCAAGAGCAAGCCCACAGCCGUGAAAAAACUUGAAGAGCCCACAGGCCCAGCUGUCCCACCUCGAGAGAAUCCCAUUCCCAAAGAUGUCGAUCCGGUGGCACCGGACAAGGAACUGCGAUCAUUUCCUGUCUAUUCACUGUGCGAAGACGUGCUUCCCAAGACUGGCACAUUCGAUUUGUUAGACCAACUCUUCCAAGAGCGAAUUGCGUACAUCGACGGUGCCAUGGGCACAUGUAUUCAAAGGUACAGACUGCAAGAGGCGGAUUUUCGAGGGGAACGGUACAAGAACCAUGGACAUGAGCUGCAGGGCAACAAUGACGUUCUGGUGAUAACCAGGCCAGACGUGAUAGCGGAGAUCCACAAGGGGUACCUGGAGGCGGGGGCGGACAUUAUUGAGACCAACACGUUCAAUGGGACAUCCAUUUCCCAGGGGGAUUAUGGCCUUGAUGCAAAGGAGGAAGUUCUCUUCAUCAACAGAACGGCUGCGAAGUUGGCCAAGUCAUGCACUGAGGAGUACAUGAGGACUCAUCCAGGAAGUCCAAAAUUCGUUGCGGGAGCUUUGGGUCCAACCAACAAGACUCUCAGUGUAUCUCCUUCUGUAGAAAAUCCUGCAUUCAGGAACAUCACAUAUGACGAGAUUGUGGAUUCCUACUAUGACCAAAUCGAGGGUCUCUAUGAUGGAGGUGUCGAUUUGUUUCUUGUUGAGACGAUUUUUGACACAUUGAACUCCAAGGCUGCCAUUUUUGCCCUGGAGAAAUUUUUUGAGGACAAGGGAGUGAGGCUGCCAGUGAUGAUAAGUGGCACCAUCGUGGACCAGUCCGGGCGGACUCUGAGUGGUCAGACAAAUGAGGCCUUCUGGUGCAGCAUCAACCAUGCCAAGCCCUUUGCAGUGGGUCUGAACUGUGCCCUUGGCGCAGCGGAUAUGCUACCAUACGUGACCAAUCUCAGUGCAUGCGCAGACUGUUAUGUGUUCUGUUACCCCAAUGCUGGGCUUCCCAAUGCCAUGGGGGGUUAUGACCAGAAGCCAGAGGAGAUGGCAGAGGAGCUACGUCCCUUCUGUGAGCAGGGCAUUGUGAAUGCACUGGGGGGCUGCUGUGGAACCACACCGCCGCACAUUGCGGCCAUCAAGAGCAUGGCAGAGAAGUACGCACGAAAGGAAAAACACAUUGUUGAUCCCAUUCUGCGUCUGAGUGGCAUGGAGCCUCUGAACUACAAGCCCGAUGAGCAAAACAUGCGUAAGACAUUUCUGAAUAUUGGCGAGAGGUGCAACGUGGCUGGGUCCAUGGCAUUUAAGAAGGCCAUCGUGGCUGGAGAGUAUGAGAAGGCCCAGGCCAUAGGUCUGAAACAGGUGGAGCAGGGAGCCGACCUGCUGGAUGUCAAUGUAGAUGACGGGCUCAUUGAUGGCGUUCCCGCGAUGACCAAGUUUGUGAACUUGUUGGUUUCAGACCCAGAGACCUGCAGAGUACCCUUUAUGAUAGAUUCCUCCAAAUUUUUCAUCGUGGAAGCCGGUCUCAAGUGCAGCCAGGGCAAGUGCAUCGUAAACUCCAUCUCCCUGAAAGAGGGAGAGGAGAAGUUCAGGGAGCAGGCGAAGUUGGUGAAACGACAUGGCGCAGCCGUGGUGGUGAUGGCCUUUGAUGAGCAGGGGCAGGCAGCCACGUAUGAGGACAAGGUUCGGAUCUGUUGUAGGGCAUACAAGAUGUUGGUGGAGGAGGUGGGGUUCGACCCCCAGGAUGUGAUAUUCGACCCCAACAUCCUCACUGUUGGGACGGGCCUGCCUGAGCACAACAACUAUGCAGUGGACUUCAUUCGGGCCACAAGGGAGAUCAAGAGGUUGUGCCCAGGAUGCAAAAUCAGCGGUGGCGUUUCCAACGUGGCUUUCUCGUUCCGGGGAAACGAACCUGUGCGCCGUGCGUUCCAUAGUGCGUUUCUCCAUCAUGCCUGCAAUGCUGGUAUGGACAUGGGCAUCGUCAACGCUGCGCAGGUCAAGGCCGAUGUGUAUGAAAAGAUUGACAAGGAGCUGCUGGAGUACGUGGAAGAUGUUUUGUUGAACAGGUGUUCCAAUGCCACAGAGAGGUUGCUGGUCUAUGCCGCCACUCUGGACCCCAAGAGCAAGCCGACUGCCCUUAGGAAGAAGGGCUCGGCUUCCGCUGGGGAUGGCGGUCCUGGGAAGGCGGGUGAUUCGUGGCGGAAGCUGUCAGUCCAGGCAAGGAUUGAACAUGCUUUGGUAAAGGGUAUCGACACCUAUGUUGUGGAAGACACAGAAGAAGCACGGACGUGUGGCCUGUAUCCGAAACCCAUCCGGGUCAUAGAGGGCCCACUGAUGGACGGCAUGAAUGUUGUGGGUGACAAGUUUGGCGCUGGCCUGAUGUUCCUGCCACAGGUCAUCAAGUCAGCCCGUGUGAUGAAGAAGGCAGUGGCGCACCUCAUACCAUUCAUAGAAAUGGAGAAAAUUUCCUCUGGGGACGUUGGGGAAAGUCAUGCAGGCAUAAUGGUUAUUGCCACUGUGAAGGGUGAUGUGCAUGACAUCGGAAAGAAUAUAGUGGCUGUGGUUCUGGGCUGCAACAACUUCAAGGUGAUCGACCUGGGGGUAAUGACCCCAUGGGAGAAGAUUUUGGACACGGCUCAGGAGGUCAAAGCGGACGUCAUCGGCCUAAGCGGCCUGAUCACCCCAUCACUGGAUGAGAUGGUGACUGUGGCAAGGAAAAUGGAGGAGCGGAAGAUGACAACACCAUUGCUGAUAGGGGGUGCCACAACGUCCAAAGUGCACACUGCUGUGAAGAUUGCUCCACAGUACUCAGGUCCAACCAUUUACGUCCUUGAUGCAAGCAGGAGUGUUCCUGUAGUCCAGGCGUUGGUGGACGCCCAAAGGAGGGAUGAGCUUGUUGAAAGUGUCAGGGAAGAGUAUGGAGAGUUGCGAGAGGAGUUCUAUUCUGGACUGGAAGAUCGCAGGUACCUGACUCUGGACGAGGCACGCAAGCAGAAGGUACAGGUGGACUGGAGCCAUCCUGACAACCAGCCUGUGAAACCCACCCUGCUGGGCACAAAGGUCCUGAAGGACUUCCCGCUGAAGGAUGUACUGGACUACAUUGACUGGAACCCCUUCUUUCAGGUGUGGCAGCUCAGGGGCCGCUACCCUAACAGGGGCUAUCCAAAGAUCUUCAAGGAUGAGACAGUUGGAGAGGAAGCCAAGAAGUUGUUUGAUGAGGCCCAAGAGAUGCUCAAGGAUUUUGUUGACCGCCAGCUUGUGAAAAUGAACGGCAUGGUGGGCCUGUACCCUGCCAAUUCUGUUGGCGACGACAUUGAAGUGUACACUGACGACAGCCGCACCACUGUUGCUGCCAAGUUCUUCGGCCUACGGCAGCAGGCUGAGCGUGAUGGCGCGAAGGCCUACUGCUGCCUCAGCGACUUUGUGGCGCCCAAGGACUCGGGGGUGGCUGACUACCUGGGGAUGUUCGUCAACACUGCAGGCAUUGGCCUGGAGGAGCUGGUGGCCAAGCACAAGGAAGCAAAUGAUGACUAUUCGUACAUCAUGGCUGAGGCGCUGGCCGACAGGUUGGCAGAGGCAUUCGCAGAGAAGCUGCACGAGGAGGUGCGGAAGACGUAUUGGGGAUAUGCACCAGAGGAGGACUUCAGUCGGGACGAGUUGUUGAGGGUGAAGUACAAGGGCAUUCGCCCGGCUCCGGGGUACCCCUCCCAGCCAGAUCACACUGAGAAGUCGACAAUGUGGUCCCUGAUGGACGUGGAGGCGCAGACCGGCAUUUCCCUGACGGAGUCCCUGGCCAUGAUGCCUGCGGCCAGCGUCUCUGGGUUGUACUUUGGGGGCUCCUGCAGCGAGUACUUUGCUGUGGGCAAGAUCACGCAGGAGCAGGCGGAGAGCUAUGCGGGCCGGAAGGGCAUGGACAUCAAGGAGGCGCAGCGCUGGCUCAGGAGCACACUGAACUACGAGCCGUGA